UAUAUUAGUCAUUCGAUUACAUUAUACAUUUUGAUUUUUACUCUUCCCAAGUUCAUUUUCUUCCCAAUAUGACGUUAAAAUAAUAAUCCUAGGGAAGAUGACAUAAUGAAAACACUAAGUCACCUGCAAUUUUUCAUGUAAUAGAUUACUUAUUGAAAGGAACGCCUUUAAUGCAAAAACUCCUUUUUCUUUUGUUUUUGUUCGUCAUUAAGCUAAGAAAACACAUUCUCGUCAAAACUUCCUGAUCUUCUGUGACAUAAUAACCACUGUCUGAUAUUUUUUUGCUGUUUUGCCCAGCAACCAACUUCACCUCAGGACCAUGAUCUACAUUAGCUGGUACCACCAAAAUUUGCCACGUAUUUUUGGAAUAUUCAGCUUUAUCAUAAACCCAAUUUUCAUCUACUUGGCUAUGACUAAAUCUAGAUCUCAAAUGGGCAAGUACAAGUAUUUGUUGAUAAUCUUUGCAAUCUUUGAUAUUUUGUACUCGAUUUCUGAAAUCUUAACGCCGAUUGGUAUAACUGGAAACAAGCAUGGGUUUGUGGUUUUUCUAACAGAAGGUCCUUUUUUUGAGCAUCCAGAAAUUGGUCAACAUGUAAUGUCAAAUCGGUGUGGCUUCAUAUCACUAAGCUAUGCUCUCCUGAUAAUUCAUUUUGUCUACAGAUAUAUGGCUCUGUUUCACGCCGACAAGCUGCCCAUAUUCUUCCAACCUCUUGGAAUAAUCAUUUCCAUAAUUUUUCUCCUAAUGCACGCGGCUUCUUGGUCAGUAAUCUGCCAACAAUGUCUCGCCGGAAACGAAGAGGUCCGUGAAAUCAUAUCAAUAGACUUCUUGGAAAAUUUUGGCGCUAAUUCAAAAUCGUUGCCUAUGCUAGCUGCCAUCUAUUAUGACGCCAGUGAUUAUAUUCGUUUUCGUAGCUGGCUGGGAAUAUUUCUGCUCACAGCAUUCUCCUUUUACGCAAUGUCAGUCUACAUUAUUUUGGGAUUCAAGAUAAUGAGGAAAAUCACGUUAAUGCAAUCGACAAACAAGCUCAGCAAAAACAGCAUCCGUCUACAAAAACAACUGUUUCAGACAUUAAUUAUCCAGACGUGUAUCCCAAUCAUUGGUAGUUUCCUGCCUACCGUGAUCUCUUGGUACGCGCCAAUUUUCGGGGUCAACAUGGAAUGGUGGAAUAUGAAUGUGGCCACAGUUGCAAUGGCGGCAUUUCCGUUUAUCGACCCACUUGCGGUGAUCUACCUAAUUCCGAGCUACCGCAACGCAAUUUUGAGGAAAAGAGGGAAUAUAGUAGAUGACAGUUCUCAUGUCAAAACCAGGCAAUCUUCGAGGAUGCAGUCAUAUGCUUUUAGUUCUUAAAUUGAUUGUUCCAAAUAAAAACUUUACAAAUUUGAAAAUUGUUUUGAAAUUUUUAGCUUCGAUUGUUCAUACACCAUAAAUUUUUUGUUGUUU